CCCUCUUCUCCUUAGUCUAACCGCCCACCGCCUCUCUCUCUCUUCUCCUUCUCUCUUUCUCUUUCUUUCUAGGGUUUUCUUUCGUCCCCAAGAAAGAUUCAACACUUUUCAUCCACUUCCCGACGGCGGAGCCCAAUCCUCUGGCUCGCCUCCUUGCCUCUCUUCCGGUGCGUCGAUCUCUUUCCCCCCUUUCUGUCGGGCGCUCGGGCUUUCUCUUCUUUUCUUCUUCUCUCGUACGGUUUUGGUUCGCGUCGCCGGUGUUCGGUUUGGUUUUUCGUUAAUUGUUUGGUGGUUUUAGGCGGUGUUGGUGUUGCCGGUGGGUUAAAGAUUGCAUUUUGGUAGGGGGAGGCAUGGCGAUUUUGAAGAAUGACUCUAGGGUUUCGAAGAUGGGCGUUGAUUCGUCGCCCGGGAGUCGCGGGAGCGCCUCGAGCCAGGAGGAUGAUGAGGAGCCUCGUGCGAGGAGCGGCAAGGCGGUGUCCGAUGCUUCGGACUCGUCCGAUGUGGACUCCGGCAUGGAAUCAGAUGAGUUCGAUCCCGCGGAGCUCGGCGAGCCUGAGACUCAGUUGUGCCAAGUGGGGAACCAGAGCUGUAGCAUUCUCCUGGAGCUCUUCGACCUCCCUGACUUGGGCUCCGUCUUGUCGUUGGAUACAUGGAAUGAGUGCCUCUCGGAGGAGGAGCGUUAUGCGCUGGCUGAAUACCUCCCGGACAUGGACCGGGAGACGUUUGGUUUCACCCUUAAAGAGCUGUUUCUGGAACAAAAUUUCCACUUUGGGAGCCCACUGGGCAAUCUCUUUAAUCGGUUGAAAGGUGGUCUCUGCGAUCCCAGGAUUGUUCUUUACUGUCGGGGCUUGAGUUUCUUGCAGCAGCACGAGCACUACCAUUGCCUGUGCAAGUAUCAGAAUUCUAUGGUGAGGAAUCUUGUCUUCAUUAAGAAUGCAUUGCGAAACUGCCCACUAUACAGUAUCGAAGAAAGGCUUCGGCUUCUAAACAUCCAGAGAGCUCAGAAACCUUUGAGUUAUGGGGGGAAUGGAGAUGUUGAUAUUGAGACAGAUUCAGAGAGUGGGGAUUCUGAUGAUUGGUAUUUGAACAAACGGUUUAAGAUGGGCCAGAGUUUUGCAAAGCCUUCAUUCGAUGUCACGCAUCGUGGGACUAGCAUGGCAUGGGAGCUGGUGAAAUUUGGGAAAGAGUACUCAAAAGGUGUUUUGAAGGUUACUACUCCUUCUGUUUCAGCACUUGAAAACCCUGGAGCAUUAGGGAAGCAUUCUUCUGCCUUGAAGCAUGGAUUGGACUCAAAACCUAGAGUAGUAAUGCCACUCUUAGAUCUUCUUCAGCAGGAUAAAUUUGAAGGUUGUGAUGUGGGAGCUGCCAAAAGGACUAAACAUAAUAUAAGUGAUGAUCAUGGCGAUAUGGAUGAAGGAUGUGUGGGUUCACAAGUAGACUGGAUUGCAGGAUGCAGAAGGGCAGUAGCCAGGAAUACUUUGUUGAGGACAGGAAAGAAACAGGAGCCACAAAAAAGAUAUGAUAUGGGAAUGGAUAGUGAUGAAGACCCUGAAGGCUAUAGUGGCUCCAGUCAUUCUCAAGGCAAAAGCAGGGACAGAGAUCAGGUGGUAACUAUAGCUUUGUAUGGUCGUGAAUCUGCUGAAUGCACAAGAAAUGCUAAAUAUUCCGAGAGAGAUUGGGUGCAUCCUACAACUGGUAGAGCUCAGAAACACAUACUAACUAAUCCCAUGCAGAAAAAUGAGCAUGGUGAACCCAUUUCCUCUGGCCAUUCAGUUAAAUCUGAUGAUUGGAAUGGCAAAGUUAAGAAUUGCAAGGUUGGAAAUGAAUAUAAAGCUGGUAAAAGUGGAGCUGGUUAUGACUUGAAAAAUAAGGCGUAUAAACCUGUUCUGGGACAGAUGGGUGACUCCUUUCUCAGCAAGGAUCCUGGAGCUAGAUUAUUAUUGGGAAAAGUGAAAAAUAAUUUUACUCAGUAUGAGGGCAUGACUAGGGAUUAUUCAAAAGGCCUUACUAUGAUUUCUCAGAGUGAGGAGACAGAAUCUGAUUCAUCAGAUCAGGUUGAGGAUGAUGGAUCUCUCGAUUCUAUGGUUAAGAAGUUGGAGCAUCAAAAUGGUGAUGUUGGAGGCCAUCAUUCUGGGGUUGUUAGAUCAAUCUAUGAUUCAAAAAAGCCAAACAAGCUCAUGAAAGUAGAUAGAAAAAGUUAUUCUGACUUACGUGAUGUUGGUAGAAGCAUAUGUACACCGGACGUAGAAUCAUGCUCUGUGAAAGGGAAGAAUAGCAGAUUGGUAAAAAAAGCCCUUGUACCACGCCCAAGUGAGAAAUCGACUUAUAUAGAGAAGAGGCAUAAAAGGAUGGCCAAUGUGAGUGAUUCCCUACAACAAUCAUUUUACACUCAUGAUUAUGGCAGUGGCAUGAUGGAUGAAUACAUGGAGAAUUUAGAUGAAAUUUCCAAGUCACAAGGUGACAAGAAUAUGAUCAACAGAGUGGGGAACAUGAUGGAAGUCUCCGAUGUUCUGACAAUUAAUCCUACUCAAGAAAGAUCAAAUAUGCCCUUGGAAGGGUGCAACUCUGUUUCAAAGAAACCUAAACGGAAGGUUGACGGUCAUUUAUCUAAUGAGCUGGAUAUAUCCCUCCACCUACUGCCUAGUCAAAAGCAGCAGAUUGAUGACCUCAAUGUUGUCAGGAAGGGUAAAAGGAAAGCAGAUGCAGAAACUGAUACUUUGACUGAAGUAACUUCUGAUAUGGUAAUAUCAGAAAAGGAUACAGAAGAUGUAGAACCUAAGCCAAAGCUACAAAAAAAGCCCUUUACUCUUAUCACUCCUACUAUUCACACCGGCUUUUUGUUUUCCAUCAUACAUCUUCUUUCGGCUGUCCGGAAAGCAAUGAUUACUCCUCAUAUUGAGGACACUUCACUGACAGCCAGUCAUCUUGAGGACGGUAGGUCUAAACAGAAAACAGAAGAACACAACAAAAUGCAUCAAGUAGCCAAUGGUACACACCUUUCUCAAUCUCAUGAGAAUAUGGAUAAGCAUUCUCCAGGCUAUGCAGGACAAAACAGUUUGCCUUCUCUCACUGUUCAAGAGAUUGUUGAUCAAGUUAGAUCAAACCCAGGAGAUCCAUUCAUUCUCGAAACACAGGAACCACUUCAGGAUUUAAUUCGAGGAGUUUUGAAGGUUUUCUCAUCUAAGACAGCACCUUUAGGGGCAAAGGGAUGGAAGCCCUUAGCAUUAUAUGAAAAAUCAAACAAAAGUUGGCUGUGGGCAGGUCCUGUUACUUCUAGUUCAUCUGACAAUGAUAAUGCAGAAGAGGAAACUUCUUCAGAAGCAUGGGGAAUUCCUCAUAAGAUGCUCGUAAAAUUGGUUGAUGCUUUUGCUAAUUGGCUUAAAAGUGGUCAAGUGACCCUCCAGCAGAUUGGAAGCCUCCCUCCACCUCCUCCUUCAUUGCUUUCAAACUUGGAUGAGAAGGAAAGGUUCAAAGAUCUAAGAGCUCAAAAGAGUCUAAACACCAUUAGUCCUAGUUCUGAUGAAGUAAGAGUAUACUUCCGCAGAGAGGAAUUCUUAAGGUACUCUGUUCCAGAUAGGGCCUUCUCCUACACAGCUGCUGAUGGAAAAAAAUCUAUUGUUGCUCCAUUAAGAAGGGGUGGCGGAAAGCCAACAUCAAAAGCUCGGGAUCAUUUCAUGCUUAAACCUGAUCGACCACCACAUGUUACUAUUCUUUGUCUUGUUCGAGAUUCAGCAGCCAGAUUGCCUGGUAGUAUUGGAACUAGAGCAGAUGUUUGUACCUUAUUAAGGGACUCACAAUACAUUGUUGAAAACAUCUCUGAUGCACAAGUGAAUCAAGUAGUGAGUGGGGCUCUAGAUCGGUUGCAUUAUGAGCGUGAUCCUUGUGUACAAUUUGAUAGUGAAAGAAAAUUGUGGGUUUAUCUGCACAAGGACAGGGAAGAAGAAGAUUUUGAGGAUGAUGGUACCUCGUCCACAAAAAAAUGGAAAAGACAAAGGAAAGAUUCUAUAGACCCAUCUGACAUUGGAGCAGUUAAUGAUGUUGACACAGGAGUCUUGGCUAUUGGUGGCUCUUCUGUUGGCCUGGAUCAUGAUCAUGAUCAUGAUCUGAUUGUUGAAACUUCAUCCAGCAGGGUAGGGGAAAAAGUUGAACUUGUUUGUGAAGAUAUGGGUCCCAAUAUGGAAAAUGUCCAAUCUCUUAUGGCUUCAACCACUGUUAGCAAGAGCCACAGUAAUUGGGAGGAUCUGGGGUCAAAUCCAUUGAGGGAAAAAAGAUUGAUAUGUCAAGAAAACUCCACAGAUGAAGAUUUUGAUGAUGAAACAUUUAGUCAAGAAAGGCCAAUGCGGCUUCAGUAUGACCGUAUUAUGAAGAAUGGAUUAUACUAGAUCCUAAUCAACAUGUUUAUGUUGCGGUAUCUUUUAGGCAACACUGGCAUGCAGUGACAUGGGCGGGUACUUGCUGUAAUCAACUGGUGAGUCCGCUUUUAUUACUGAAAUUUUGAUUGAGCUGAUUGCAGGGCUAAGAUUCUAUGACCCCAAGAGACGGGGGUUGUCUAAGACCAGCCCAUACUUUAAACAAUGAUUAAGCCAUUCCAAUUAGUUGAUGGACUUCAUAGUGCUAAAAGUGCACUUUUUAUGACAGCCUGGAUGAUUAUACUACGGUCAUAAAGGUGAACCAUUCAUUACAAAUGAUGACUUGAAUGUAUGACUUGGAAGUGUCAAAGUCGCCAGAUCACCAUUACAUAUUUGAUCCACUUUGACCCUCAUGUUCUGACUCGAGUUGUGGCUUUGUACAUGUACAUUUCCCUCUUGCAGCUGCAAUCACCUAGUGCAACUAUGGAGUCCAAGUAGUAGAUUCACCAAUUUGGGAAGUCUCAACAGCCUUUCAUGCUCUAGAAGAAUAUUUUGUGAAUAAGAUACAUCUAUCCCACAGAAACCUUUGUUCCAUUCUUUUAAUUGGAGAGGAAUCACAAUGUUAAAGCUGCUCAUCUUCUCUUUUUA